UUGUCAUUGGUCAGACAACCACUGACAAAAAGUGGGACGUUCCCGGAAAAAAACGCUAACCGGAAGGGAAGGCCAGAGCCCAAGAAGAAGAAGAAGGCGAAGAAGAAGAUAGCUGUCGCCGAUGAGACCAACCAAAGAAGAAAAAGUAUUGUCCCACUGGUGAGGUCUCCUCUUCCUCUGGCUCAUCUGUUUGCCUGAUCUGCCCCCCCCUUCCCCUUCCUGCUAGGUCAGCCUCACCCAGGCCUCACCAGCCCCUUCACCAAUCCCAGGCCUAAAGUCAUCCAGACUUCUUCACUCCUCACCCGACUUCUUCUCCCAGUGUUCAGCGCUGCGCUAUGGCAGGGCGAGGUGGAACUGCACGGACCAACGGCACGGCAGCGGGCAGCAAGAUCUGCCAGUUUAAGUUAGUGCUGUUGGGGGAAUCAGCGGUGGGAAAGUCCAGCUUGGUUCUGCGCUUUGUCAAAGGCCAGUUCCACGAGUACCAGGAGAGCACCAUCGGAGCUGCCUUCCUCACACAGACGGUAUGUCUGGAUGACACAACGGUCAAGUUCGAGAUCUGGGACACCGCAGGGCAGGAACGGUACCACAGCUUGGCACCCAUGUACUACAGGGGAGCCCAGGCUGCCAUCGUGGUCUAUGACAUCACCAACACAGAUACGUUCACACGUGCAAAGAAUUGGGUGAAGGAGCUGCAGCGACAAGCCAGCCCGAAUAUUGUUAUUGCACUGGCAGGAAACAAAGCGGAUCUGUCCAACAAGAGAGCUGUAGAUUUCCAGGAAGCACAAGCGUAUGCAGAUGACAACAGUUUGCUCUUCAUGGAAACUUCAGCCAAGACUGCCAUGAAUGUCAAUGAGAUUUUUAUGGCGAUUGCCAAGAAGCUUCCUAAGAACGAGCCUCAGGGCGGAGCAGGCGGCGGUGGACGAGCCAGAGGCGGCGUGGACCUGCAGGAAGCCGCACCACAGGGCAGAAGUGGCCAGUGCUGUGGGGGCGGGAACUAACUAACCAACACAAAAGAGAGUCAGCUGAUCCAACCAAUCUACAGCUUCAAUCAACCAGACCAGAUAUUAGCCAGCUGUCAAACAUCGUCCCAUUGGUCACACCAAACCACGGUUGGACCAACUACCCUACGAGCAACACGGCACCAAUAAACUGUUUGGCAAACGAGUGGCCAGUAAACUGCCAGACCCCAGUGACGGUUCCAAGUGAUGAAUCAACCCACAGGCUUAUUCAUAGAAUCAUGUUUUAACUCCAGGACUUGCCAAUCCAUGACCUCUCUAUUGAUGAUGGACGCUUGACGUCACCUUAGGGGAAGUAAAAUGUCCCAUUCAUGGAGGAAAAAGAAGAAGAAGAAGAAAGAUCUGUCAUUACCAGUGGCUCUUAAUAAGGCCAUCUUGCUCACUUUUGUUUCUGUAUUUGUGUAGAGGGAAAAAAAUAAUGCAACAAGAAGGAAUAUAAACAGGCUCAUUGGUCCUGUCCUUUCUCUUCUGCCCCUGCUUUUCCAUGCACCACUCAUUUGUGAAGUAUUUCCAUCAUGGUUUCAUAACACUGUUUAAAAGCCCGGCCCAGGUGUUUGCAGGAAUCCUUCACUUGCUGUCUUGUUCCUGGUUAGCUUCCGGGAAAAGAUGAAGAGCAGAGGUUCGUAACGGAUGGAACGAGAAUGGACAGAAAUUUCCUCCUUGAUUGAGCUGUGUAGAUUGAAUUAUUACAUUGUCAUUGUUAUCACUAUUAUUAAUACUGCAACUUCUUUUGACACAGGCUGUUCAGUAUGAUUUUAAAGCCUAGACUUUAAGGUUUCACAGUCAUCCAUCUAUGCUAUCAAACCAUAUACAGUAAAUAGUACUUUAAUAACAAUGUCACCCACUAGUAAUUUAAGCAUUAAUGUAAUGUUUUUGAAAUCAUGAGUGUACAAUUACAAAUACAUCAAGUAAGAUUUGUUUCCUUGACCAAAAUCACAACUGUGUAUUGACAACAUUGCUGUAUUUGUAUCAGACUUUUCAAGUUUAUAAUCAAUCAGUAGUCACUGUCAAAAAAAUAUUUUCCCAAUCUCUACAUGAGGAUUUGUUAACCUUAAUAAUUUCGUUGUUUUUUUUUUUUAAUGUCUUAAUUUUUUUCUGAAGAUCUAUGGUAUUAAAUGCACUGGUUCUGCCUCAUCAUCUUUGUGAAUUGAGAUGUUAUCCAUCAGCUUCCUUUACUUUUUAUUUUCUCUCUUUUUGUUUUUACUGUUCAUAUCAGGGAGGGUUUGCUUUCAAAGGCGUUGUCGUCCUGUUAAUGGCAUCAACAACUAGCACAACAGUACCUGAACAGCAGGCACCGCUGCUAGGUGGGGGUGGUGGGGUUAUGGGUAGAGAAAGAAGGAAAGAAAAAAUGUAAUUUUACCAAUAAACAAGGGGAAGUUA